AUGGGCAACAAUUCCGCGAAAUACGAAACGGCCACCGAGGACGAUGAAGAUAUCGAGGAUAAGCCGAAGAGGAAAAAGACGAGAAAAGGAAAACGAAAAGCCCAAAAUGCAGAGCCAGAGUGUAGUUCGCCGAAGAAAAUCGCAAAACUUGACACGCCAAAAUAUGUUCACGAGAAGCUAUUUUUGCAGGGCGAGGGCAGCGAUGUGGCCGUGCUAGCGGUAGGCCAUCAAUGGAAUCUCCACAAGCUCUAUCUCAAACAGUGCAAAUAUUUCGAAGCACUCUUUAGAGAAAAAUCCGAUUGGAAAGAGCGGAGUGAAAACGUGGUGAAGUUGGAGUUUCCCGCCGGGAAGGUCACCGUUGAGGCGCUUCACCAAGUGCUUGGCUCGCUCUACUCGAAUGAGAUCACAUUAGAGAUUGGGGAGAUCGAGGGGAUCCUUUCAGCUGCCUCGCUGCUACAAUUGGAGAGCCUCCUUGACCGUUGCGCCGAGAUGAUGUGCCAAGAUAUCGGCGAUGAUCGAGUGCUGAAAUUCCUUGAUUUGGCCAUCAUGUACGGUUUGCCGACGGUCAUCCAAAAAGUAACUUCAUUCUUGACAAUUAACUUUUGGCGGCUCGCAAAGGAGAAAAAAUUUCUAGCCGAAAUUAGUCUAGAAGCCUUGGCUCGUUUGAUCUCCUCACCGGACACUCUUGUUAUGGAAGGGGAACAAGAUCUCUACAAUAUUAUCAAAACGUGGAUCUAUCUGAACCAAGGAGGUCAAAUUCUGGACGAUGAAACAGCGCACAGUGAGGCGCUAGAAGAAUUCUUCCGGCGACACGACUCAUCGAAAACGUUUGAGCCCUAUUUGGCGCUUUGGAGUGGCAUACGCCUUCAUCACCUCGUCACCUCGACGGCGAGCAUGAAAAUUUUGGAACUCGACAAGAUUUACCCAAAACAGAUUCUGAAAGAAACGAUUGUCGACACGUGGAAGUGUAUGAUUCGAAAUGAAGAGGAUCCAAAGCUUGGGCUAUCGAUUACGGACGAUGUGUUCAACUUGUGCGCGCUGCGACAGGGACGCGUCGUUGACAGUGAGCCGAAAUGUUGGCGCUGGACCGGCUACAACAAUGGGAUCGAUAUUCUACUCAAUUUCUCGCAUGGAAUUUUGACGAUGAAGCGCAAUUGUUUGACGCAAUCGACGCCGUACUCGGUGAAUAUCAGCAGUGAGAGAAGUGUUCAUCAUAGAAUAGUCUUCACCGAUGCGAAUGGAGCGCAAAUUUUUGACACCGGUCGAAAACUUGUCAAUCUUUCGCCGGAUUUGUCAAUAACGGUAGCUCGUUUGGACAAGUACAAGCUGCCAAUCUCCGUUCAUCUCUUCUACCUUGUGCAACAACCAUCACAGCCCGCUUUUUUGUACAUCAACAAAUGGAUUAAGAAGUGCGGAAUAGGGAAAGUAAAGUACCCGAUGGAGAGCGGCGACUCGUCGUGCACCUCAUCGGAU